CAUUUGGCCACGUGGAAUGGCCUGAUGGGUCCACCAAAACCAUUAAAAAUAGAAGUUGCUACUGAUCAGUUGGUGACAAGGGAUGGGAAAGAAUGUUCUAAUCUUGAAUGAGCAGACUAGGAAAGGAAUCUCUCCCCCAUCUUUCCAUAGAAAACUGCUUUCCAACAGUGGCUUUGCCAGUGGUUUUAUAUUACUACUAUAUAUCUACUCUCACUAUACACGUAUUCUCUCUUCAUAAACACCUCUCCCAUGGCCCCUUAUUUACAACAAUUUAUGCACCAUCAAUACUUCCCCCCCUCUUGAGAAAGAGACAGAGACGGAUAGAGCCAAUGGCAUCAGAUCAUAGCAUCCUUUCGACAGUUGUGUUGGUUUUGACUCUAGUUUCAGCAGGGACAGAAGUGUGCGAAUCCGCGAGAAUUUUCACUCUCAUAAACGAUUGCAAGGAGACAGUUUGGCCUGCAAUCUUCCCGGGAGAGAACUUCGGUGGUGGCGGCUUUGAAUUGAAAUCAGGCCAAUCCAUUGUGCUCACAGCCCCUGUGGCAUGGUCCGGUAGAAUCUGGGGCCGAACGGGCUGCAACUUCGACAAGAAUGGCAACGGGACUUGCCAAACUGGUCGAUGUGGCACCUCCCUCAAGUGCACUGGCUCAGGCGAGACCCCUGCCACGCUUGCUGAAUUUACCCUCGCCACACCUGAUUUUUAUGACGUUAGCCUCGUGGACGGGUUCAACAUACCCUUGGCUGUGACACCUAUUAAUGGAAAGGGAAAUUGCAGCGUUGCCGGCUGUAAUGGGGACUUGAGGCCUAUUUGUCCCAAGGAGCUUGCUGUUAAGGCUAAUGGGAAGACAGUAGCAUGUCGGAGUGCCUGCGAUGUGUUCAACACAGACGAGUACUGUUGCAGAGGUGCUUAUGGAGGUCCGGUUACAUGUAAACCUACGAAUUACUCGAAAACAUUCAAGGCAGCGUGCCCUGCAGCUUAUAGCUAUGCCUACGAUGAUCCCACAAGCAUUCUUACUUGCUCAGGGACGGACUAUGUCAUCACAUUGUGCUCGUCAAGGAACAAGCCUGUGUGCACAUACCACAACAACAAGCUUCAUUGCAACGGAUCAGAGGGCAAAAAAUCCUUGAUGGGAAAAUGGUGGCCGUUGAUGCUUGGACUCCCACUUAUGAUAACUUAUGGAUGAUCUUUUAGUGGAAGCUUUUUAGAAAUUAUUUUAUUGUCAGACUUUUGCACAAUAUUUGUUCACUUCUUUAAUUUAUUGGUUUUUCUCCCGGGGACAUGUUCAAGGAACUUGGACUGUGCAAGCUGUGAAAGAAUAUUGGUAUUUCCUCCUCUUUCACAGCACGAGUGCUCAAAAUGGUUGUACAUAAAAUUUAUAAUCCAUAUUUGACCAUUGUUAGAAAUUUUUUUAUACUAAAAGUCAUACUUUUAUGUAAUGGAUUAAUAUUUGAUUUGUUUUAUAUUAAUCAGUUUUAUCCUUUU